AUGUCCGGCCACCUCAGCGACAGCAACACCUCCCAACCAGGCACCGGCUCUUCAUACCCGCCCGCCUGGUCCUUCCCAUCCAGCUUCAACCCCGUCUCAGUCGCCACCAGCAUCCCAACCACGUCGCCCACCGCCGGCCGACCCUCGCUCCUCGGCGGCAUAUUCUCGGUACCACCAACCGCAGGGCCCGGUCGGUAUGGCGGCGCCCGCACGGGAAACCCCUACGAGUCCUCCCUCGUCCGCCGCCGCCAGAUGAGCGGCCCCGGAGGACACCUCCAGACCUCGUCCUCCACCGCGCGAGACCGAAGAGCAGGAGGCGACCCGGAGCGUAAGCGAGUUGUCGUCGCCUGCCUGCGAUGCCGGAAACGAAAGAUUCGCUGCAGCGGAGACGACGGCGCCGGAGGGCCCUGCAGCAACUGCAAGAACGCAAAUGAACCGCAGUGCCUGUUCAUGCGAGUCCAGGCGGGUUCCGUCAUGGAAAUGAAGAAGAGGGAGCAGGACAAGCGGAUCGCCGCAAACGCCGCCACUGCUGCUACCGCGAGCACCUUCACCUACGACUUGGACGCCUGCAGACAGUACCAGUCGCGUGGCGCCGCCUCCGUCAUGUCCUCCUCCGCCAACACUCCGACCUCCCACUCGACAGGCUACACCCCACCGACGCCGCAUACGCACCCCGGCGGCGCCUUCGGCGGGCCCACGAGCAGCAGCAUCAUGUACAACUGGGCGCCUAGCACCGCCGCCGCCGCUCCGGGAGGAGGCUACGACACCCACAGCGCCAGCUCGGGAAGCAGCGGCGGCGGAGUGGCUGCCAUGGGCUACGGCAUGUCCUACCACGGGAUGCCGUACCACGGGAUGCCCAGCCCCGACGCGAGCUACAUGGGUGACAACGACUUGAUGGACCGACCAAACACGACGUCGUCGUCCAUGGCCGACGCCGGCGCCUUUGCGCUGCAGAGCAUGUCCCAGGGCCUCCCGACCAGCAGCCCCGGCAGCUACCCCGCGCACGCGCCGCACAGCCAUAGUCACGGUCCCGGUCACGGCAUGACCCCGUCGGCGGCGGCGGCCAGCUCCACGCCGCGCUCGCUGCACCGCCACAACCCCGGCCCGCCGCCCACGGUGCUCGGCUCCUCGCGCGGCGUGCCCGCCUCCUCCGUCUUCUCCGGCGGGGGCUCGCGCGCCCAGCAGCAGUACCCGUCGCCGGCGACGACGCCGGUCACCAGCGGGGUGAGUCCCGUGUGGAGCGGCUACGAGCAGGCGCAGCAGCAGUACGGGCCGACGGCGGCGCAGUCGAUGGAGCGCCUGCCGGAGCUGUACUCGGCGGCGGCGGCGGCGGCGGCAGCGGCGGCGGCGGAUGGUGGUGGCCGGCAUGAGGAGGAGGCGCAGGGGAGUAGUAGCAGCGACGGCGGCCAGUCACAGCAGCACUUUGGGUACGAGUACGGGGACGGCAGCCGUGGGCAGCAGACGGCUGAGGGAAGCGGCGGCGAGGAGCAGCAGCAGCACCCGGGGCGCGUCGACAUGGUCGCCGGCGGCGGCGGCAACCACGCGGCGACUGCGCCGGGAAGCUACUAA